AUGCACAUUCCAACCAACGAAAUAAAAGAGGUACAGAGAUUCAUAUUUGACAAAGGAUGUAUUGUAGUCCAAUUCAACAGAUCACUUAAGCCACAUCCAUACGUGAAUGUCGCCAACUUUAAGGUUAUGAAGAUAGUAAGAAGCUUAUACUCCAAAGGAUGUGUAGAAAAGGUCUUUGCUUGGAGAGAUGGAUAUUAUGUAAUCAACAAGAAAGGAAUAGAAUACAUAAGAAGAAAGCACUACUUAACCGAAAACGACUACCCAAGUCUGUAUGAUUCUGACCCAUUAGCAGUAAACAAGACAGUAGAGCCAGAAGAAGAGGGAGAAAUUAUAUUCAAAGAAUAA